GGUGCAAGCAUUUAGUACUGUUUUGCGCCUCGUACGGUGAUCAACUCUCGCUCGUGUGUGGCAUCUUGCUGACAGUAGUGUGUGGAAACCGUCUGUGUGACCUAACUAAGGACUAGGAAAAAAGGAUACUUGCAUAAAGAAGGGGUUGAAGCUUCCUGACGGUUGUGAUUGAAGCGCUCUCGUUGACUGCUUUGGAUGAAGAAAGGUGCCGCACGCCCUGCCGUUGUUCCGAAAGAAGUUUUGUUCGGUUUGACGUUCGGUAUUGGUUUUCGUAAUUGAUUUGAUCGUAACCAUUUACCUUCUGUACAAGGUGUGUGUUAAUCGCGGGUGAAGAAUAAUAUCUCUGGUUGUAUGUGAUGCGCGCAAUCAGUUAAUCGAGAAACGAAUAUUAUCAGCUUCCUGAUAACGAUUUAUUUUCGAAUUGUGUUCAACCCGGAGGAGAUUUCAGUGUUGGUUACACGUGAGUUUGUGAAGGCUUACCAUACUGUUUUGGGUGUUUAUCUAGAUACCUGUGAGAUAAUUGAUUGAUUAGGCGAAAAAAAAACAAGUGUGUGAAUUCGAAGUAGGCGUAGUAGCCGUAGUAGGCCAGGAUAGUGAGGAAAAUUACUAACGAUAGCUCACGACAGCGUAUCUAAGCGACGAAACCUACAGGAAGAUAUCAUUGAGUGAAUGCAAAAAGAUUAUGAUGUGUACUGAAGAUGAUGAGUUUCUAGACGACAAGCGCAUGCUAGUGAUCCAUGUGGCCGAUGCCGAUGGCAGAGUUAAACUCAAAUAAAUGUGCAUUAAGGUAAUGUUGAAAUGUUAUGAUGCAUUUUUUAGUUUUGCUGUAGCGUGAAGCAUUUUUUUGUGUUGUGUCUUGAUUUAGAAAACUUGCUGUGUAGUGGAAGAUUACAAGUUGCGGACUUUAACGCUGAACGAAUAUUUCAACCGUGUUGGCGAUGCACUUUGCCGUUCAUGAAUUUCCACUGAUUGGGAUCCUUUGAUGAAAUGUGCAACAAUACGGCAAGCUGCUGAAUCAGUGUCAAGUGAAUAAAAACAAUCAUUCAGAAGAUACAAUUAAUCAACCCCUUGUCACGCGCCGAGGACUGCUGUACUAGUGACCGUCUAAUAGAAAAGAAAUCAGCGAUAACAGAAGAUUGCAAAAAAUAUAUAAAAAAGUGGCAAGAAGCAAGAGCUGUUAACAUUGCAAAACACAAAAAAAAAAUAAUAAGAAAACGAAUUCUUUCGUAAUCAAUUUCUCCCCAUUAUUGCUUCGAGUGUUGUGAUUACAAAGAUUUUUAUAUGUGUGUAUCAACUUGUUCGGAAGUAACUCCCGCAAUCCGGAUCGGUGGCUAUCUGUUCAGUAGUAGCAUUAACGAAUGUGACAUUUUCAUAAUAAAAAAUAAAAAGGUACAAUGAGGCCAAAUAAAUACGAUGUUACCACAGCUUACCGUCUAUGCCAAGAUUUUGUGCCUCCUGAUGGUGGUGAUGAUUGCGGGAGCAACACCCGGAAACGUAUAUCUUCAAUCGGCCUGCUCAUCAAAGUUUGUCCGAACAGCAAAAAAUGGCACUGUCUCUGCCGACGACAACGGACAAAGUGGUCCUCCACAAACUUAUGUCAUAGAGCCGUUUCUAUUAAAGCAAAGCAAUUUUACUAUAGGAGUAGCCAUACGUCGCAACGAAACCAAUAUGUACUUAUGUUUCGACAAAAACUGGAAAAUCAGAGGCAUGAAAAUCAAAAACAAUACAAUUGCAAAUCGUCCACGUUGCCACUUCUCCGAAUCCCUCAAGCGAGGAUACUUUCGUUACCAAUCGGUUAUCAGUCAGACAAAGUACCUCGGUUUUGUCGGCAGCGGUAAGCCAAUCAACUACAAGCAGAAGCGUCACAUAGACGAAAAGUGCUACAAUUUCCAACGUUCCAACGCGUCCGACUUUUUCGAAAGCAACAGCAGUAGCAGCAACAAUACUAGCAAAGGCACCGGUUCGGCGAAAGCUGCUCCCCAUCCGCACCGGCACAAACACGGCAUGGGUGACCAGAAACGGGCACGUGGUGGCAAAUUCAACUCACAUCGAUCACAGAAUCUCGCCGAUCAGGGAGCUUCACCUUCGCAGCUACCUCCUUCUUCAACAACGGGCCAAAACGGGCGCCAAUUGCGACCGUUCCUGCUUGCAUCGGUGCCAUCCCACAGGGCAGCCGCCUCCACGCCAUCUAUGAGCAACGAUGUGCACACUACAACCCAAAAACCAACCAAAGUCGCAAGCACAAAGAAGCAAGUGAAGCCAUCGAAGCGACACGGGAAAACUAACAAACAGAAGCUUAUCUUGAAUGGGAGUAGCAAUACUAGCAGUAGCGGCGGCAGCAGUAGCAACAAUAGCAGCAACAGACACCCUCAUCGUCAUCAUCACGAUAAUAGGAAUAGCAAGCUGGGCUACGGAAGGACAACGCCUACUGCGUCCAGUUUUUAACGACUGCUACAAAACGACUUUGUGCAAAAAAUACCCCCCUCACUCUCUCUCUCUAUCGUGAAACCGGAAGCCACGGGAUGUGCACGGCCAACUAGAUCGCUCGCAGCAUCGACCCUGCACAUUCCAGGCUCCGGGUCACCUUUAUCUCUCUCUGUCAUCUCAAUUAGCCGUGUGUGUCCGUGACAGAUUGCUUGAGAUGGAUUACUUUUGUAUUAGAAUGUUACAAAACCGGGAAAGCUUUAUUAGAAUUAAAUUGAAACUAAGCAUCAAUGCAUCCUAGAGGUUUAUUAAACAAUUAUAUAUCAAAUGCAAUUGCCAAACAUUUUUCUUUAAUGUUGCCGCUAAUUGUCUCAAAAGUAUUAAUUGUGAAAUGACUGACAACAUACACACAAACACAUACAAGCAGAACGCAGUUAGGAGCCGCUAAUAGCGCAAACAUAACAAUGGCAGCAAUGUGUUCGUGUUCGCAAAGCGCACAUUGCAGAGAAUCGCGAAACCGCAUUUAGGAACCGUAGAUCACAUGAACAUGGAUUAGGAAUCGCUGAGCUUUUAGAUGCCUUAAUCAGUGUAUAUUUGUACAACAUUGUAGAAACAUUUAGCAAAACAAAUACAUCAUAGGAAUCCAAAGCCAAAACGUUGAGUAACAGACGAUACUUUUGAUGCAAUCCCCAUUGUUUCUUGCCCAACAAAAGUCCCAAGCAUCAAACGGAUGUUUGCGAUUCUGUAAUGUUAUUUUUUAAGUUGUCCUUUUUAUGUUUCAUGAUGAGCAAUUCGAAGAACCCUGACUGCAAAUUGCAAUAAACGCCAAGGGCGUAGCCAGGAUUUCCACCAAGGAGGCAGAACCUGUAGGGUUCUAAGUCCCUAUUUCAUUUUCUGAACGAAAACAUGUUUUGUAUUGGUUCAUCCAAUAACAUUUCCUUUCGUUUUUUUUUUUUGAGUUCGUACCGCAUUCAAAGACUUAAACUCAAAUAUGUUUUCCGUCUACCUUUUGAAAUAUCAGAAAAGAAGUGGCAAAAAUUUAACCUUCUGAAAAAAAAGUCAAAACGGUUUUCAAGAAGGAUUCGAUGAAAUAUUACGUAAAACCUCUGUACCUUUUCCGCUACGCCCUAUUUUGUUAAUUCGAUUUUUUUGGAUGUUCAAAAUCCCUGACACCGGCCUUAAUUAUCCAAAAAAUAUUAUUUCGGCAACAUUUUAGACUACGGAUCCACGACUUGAUUACGUUUUAUUAUUAACAUUUUGGAAUUAUCUCCGACAGCUUCAUUUGCGAAUAGCUUGAGGUAUAAGAACGACCACUUUUAAGUAUUUUAAAAUUCGUUAAAACAUGUUUGACUACGUUGCAUUUUGGAGAAAUUGUAUGCAGAUAGGUGUCGAAAUGUUCAUCGGCAUUUGAAAACUUUUAAGCGCAAAAUGUUUACAAACUUUGUUUUCGGGUCUUUGAUUGUAAAUAUUCUAUUGAUUGGCGUUAACAAAAUGAGUUCUAGUUUAACCAAUCAUCAUCGUGCCAUUUACCAACAGUUAUUGAGGCUUGAUUUUUGAAUUUUCCAAAAUCGAUUUCAUUCCAUCAAUUUACUCUCAAACGAGGUUGCGCAAAAUUUAGUACGAUUCAUACAAAAUAAGGCUGAAAACCCAUAUUUUGUGCGAAUCAUGCAUAAUUUAACGCAAUUGCGUUUUGAAGAGUUCUUGAAAAAGCCAGCAAAAAACUAACGAUAACUUCAACAAUAAUCCUUGUUAAUGAAAACUUGCACAAAAAAAUGUGACUUAAUAAUGAACGUUAGUAUGUGUAUUUAUGCGAACAUGUUUAGAGCGCAAACCAACAAAAACGCUAUUUACAAUUAUCAUAACACACAAAAAUCGUAAACUCAAUAGACUCAAGUUUCAUAAAAUACAAAAACAAAAAUUAAUACGCAAAUCCACUGCAUAAAGUCGAACCGCAAAAAUACUGAGCAUACCCAAAUCUCAAAUAAAAUAUGAAUCUCGCUAAAAGCUCCAGUGAAACGCCGUAAUCCUGGAAAACAUAAUUUAUUAACGCCCCCAUAUAAAAUUAUAGCCACCGUAAACAUUUGGAACCGUAUAGCUACUUGAUUGUCAGGAAAAGAAGUCUAGUGAACCAAUAAGUAUAUCCUAUCCUAAAUGAAACGCAAAAUUUGUAUGUUCUGAAGCAUGUGUUGUUCUAUCCCGUAUUGAAAGUCGACGCAACUGUAAAAGUAUUAAAAAUUAGUUUUAAAACUACCCGAUCGGCCAACCCGUUUCACCGUAAAUCACGGUCCCAAUCACGAAGCACAAAGUUAGGAAUAUAACCGACAAUAGUGAAUGUUGUUUACGUUAAACAUUAAACUGCCAAAAGUAUAGAAAAAGAAACCCCUCAAAAAACACAAUACUCUCCGUUAGGAUAUACCCAUUUUUAGUAAAUGUUUGGCAAGCGUGUGAACGAAGAUUAGGAGAAGCAAAACGUUUUGCGUACUUCACAAAUUGCGUUACUAAGAGUAUCUCCAGCAGAGCGCUGCUGGAGAUGCUCUAAGAUUUCUGUGAGUCACCCUCAAUCGUUUUGCAUCUUCUACAUCUUUGACACCAUCCGCAGAAUGAAACCACCGUUAUAACCACAAUCGUUAAACGUUUUCUUCAUCAUGUGUGUUUUCGUGAACGAUUCAAACUUCAUUAAACUAUUCUAACUAUUCAGUCAAUCUAUGCCAGCAAAAAUUGCAGUAUAUUUUUGUUUCAACACAUUCCGCUAGACGUAACGAAAUAAGUCAUUUGUUUAAGAUUUGUACAGUUAUUCAGUUAAGCGCCACUAUCUGAAGCACUUCGGAAACGCUGCAUCGUUGUAAAAAUUUGUAAUCGCCGGAUCGAACGGAAAUCAAACUAAUCCUAAUUUUGCCAUGUAUGUACAAAAAAUAAAUGAGCUGUAUCCAUUUUGUCAUUAGUUGUAUCAUAGCAGCAUGUUCUCAUCAUUUCUUUUCCGGAAACGGUCCAACAGCAGCAGUGGAAUAGCCAGUUUUAACUUUUUCGAAAUUCAGUAUGUAGAGCCGUCAGUUUCUGACAUUUCUCCUAUACAUAGGCUAAUUAUUCUAAGUUUCCUCGAAGCGCAACCGGGCUUUUGUUUUCCGUGUAUUUUCCACCGGCUUUGUUUAUACGUGCGAAAGAUGG